AGCCCCUCUCGUUAUUAUCUUAAAGCCAAGGUCAAUUCCGUAUAAUUUCAAGAUUUUUGCACCCCAAAGAUUUAAAGCAAAAUUGUAAGCCAGCGCACCGUUACCGGUGUGACGUUGAGUCGAGUGAGUCAAUUGAUCCUCGCAACCACCAGGAGGUCCUCUCCUCUCGGCCUCUCAUCUUCGAUCACAACCCCAAUCAACAUGACAGUCAUCCGCCAUGGCGGAUCCUGCACCUGAUUCCACCCCCGCUUCUGCUGCUUCAGCUCCUGCGACUUCAUCUCAGUCUGACACUGCUGCAAAUGCUGCAGCGUCCGCUGAUUUGACCACAACGACUCGGACACCUCUCCAUUGUCGUUGGACACUGUGGUAUGACAAUCCGCGCUUUGCGCCUGCUGGCACCCUUUGGAAGGACAAUCUCAAGAGAUGCGGUUCGUUUGACAGCGUUGAAGCUUUCUGGAGGUGCUUCAACAAUAUGAAGCCUCCAUCUCAAUUAUCGCUCAAUUCCAAUUAUCACAUUUUCCGAGAGGGUAUCUUGCCGACAUGGGAAGAUCCUACCAAUAUUGACGGUGGGAAAUUUGUCUAUACCAUGCAAAAGAAAAUCUCCAAAACGGGGGUGUGUGACGAAUCCUGGAUGUUUACAGUACUCGCCGCGAUUGGUGAGACUAUGGAUUUGGAUGGGGAUCAAGUUGUGGGUGCCGUGGUUUCCAUUCGCAAGUCACAGGAUCGAAUUGCUCUGUGGAUCAAGAGUAGUGACAAGCACAUUUGUCGGAAUAUUGGCUUGAGAUGGAAAAAGGCACUUGAUAUUCACAAGGUCAAUCUGAAAUUUCAAGUUCACAGGGAUGCGGCAACAACGGGACGGUCUUUCCGGAAUGAGAUCCAGUUUUCUGUCUAAGGUUACAUGUGGAUGAAUGGCACUGCUUCACAAGACAAUAACCAUUGAAAAGUGAUCAUACGGUCAUGAUACACUGACAGGUGCAGAGAGUUUUUUCGUGCCUUCCGAAAUAAAUAUAUAAUAGACACUCUUUUCGU